AUGGUCGUCAUGCUUCCUGAACUUCGAAUUUGGAGUGAGACUGGGAGGCGUGAGUGGUGGCUGUCGGCGGGAGAGGUCUGCCGUCUGAGGGAGGGAGGCGACGACCGGCGAGUGGAGUGGCACUGGUCGGUCUCACUGGUAGACUGGGAAUCUGGGAGAGAGAGAUGGAGGGUGGGGGUCUCAGGGAGGGAGUCAGGGAGAGGUCUUGGGGCAUCGGGGAAACGGCGAAACGCCGUCGGGAAGAGGCCGUCGAGCGUCGCCGCUGCUGGGCGCUUGCUGGCGGCUGCUGCUUUCUUCGUGUGGAGUGGAGGAGGCUGGCAGUGGUGGAGGGACUAA